UUCAUUUACGAAACGGCCGGAAUAAUGAAGUUUCAUUUGAUCUUGGCAAUACUUUGUUGUUCUGUAUUGAACAAUUGUGUGGCGUUACCGGACUUAAGCAAUGUAGUUUCCUAUAUUCCAACAAGUGUCACAAACCAACUUAUUACUUAUGGCGCGAAUGUUGCUUUUCCGGGCUCUGGGGCUGCACUUAAUGCUGCUAAGGAUGCAUAUGGCGCAUAUUCGCAGCCGAAUGGAAGCUUUUCCUCAGCAGCAGUAGCUGGUGCUAAAUCGGGUUUGAAUAGCUUAUCCCCUGUUGUGGGUUUGGCCACGGGAGGCAUGGAAUUCAUACAGGACAUUUAUGAGGGAAAAACUGUGUCUGAAUCCGCUAUGAAACUAGGACAAAAGGCUUUGGAGGCUCAAAUGGGAAAAGAAAAAGCGGCUCUUGUUUCGAAGGGUUUAAACUGCGCAAACAGAUUUAUGACUAAAAAUGAGUCAGCUCUGGAUAUUGCAAAAGAUCUAGGCAAAGAAGCUUUCGAAGCGUAUGUUCCACAAGGCGAGGCAAUUUUAACGGCAGCUCAGGUAGCAAAUGAUAUUAAAAAUGGAAAAGACGUAUCGGAAGUUAUUAAGGACGUUGGCACCGAGAAAUUUAAAAAAUAUGUUCCAAAUGGAGAAGAAGUGUUUACAGCAAUUCAGGUCGCAGAUGCCGUUCGCAAAGGAGAUCCACCUGAAAAGAUUUUGGAUGAUUUGGGCAAAGACGCUAUCACAAAAUAUAUACCAAACGGAAACCAAAUUGUGGAGGCAAUUCAAGUGGGACAGGCUAUUAAGAAUGGAAAGACAGAUGAAGUAAUAAAAAAAUAUGGUGAAGGAGCUAUAGAAAAGUACGGUGGAAAUAAUCCCAUGGUAAAAGGCCUAAUGAACCAAGCUGUUAAAACGUUACCAAAUAUUGUGACCAAUCUCCUUCCAAAAAAAGAACCAAAAACAAAGCCUACAGGAAGUGGAACAACGAGUAAAUCAACUGCAAGUAAAGUAACACCAAGUAAACUGGCUGCUAGUAAAGUAACACCGAGUAAGCCAGCUGCGAAGAAAGAAACACCAAGUAAACCAACUGCAGGUAAGGGAAGUACAGUAAAACCGACAAUAUCAUCAAGAUCUCCACUGAAAGAUAAGACAAACUCAAACAUAUCGACAUCGCGAGAAGAUGUAGUAAUACAGUCAAAGAAAAAAUGUUGGAUAUCGCACCCACUGCAAAAGAGAAAAGAAGAAGAAGAAAGAAAGAAGAAAGGUUUUAUGUCAAGAAUUGGACUAAAGAAAUAGUGAAGAAAUGUGGACACAAAACCAUAUUCAUUUACAUUUGUGGUCUUUAUGGAAUAUAUACGUGAAAUAUAGAUCAAUUUGAAAUGUAAAA